AUGCUGACGUGCGGCUUUCGCGCGCUUUUCGCAGUUUACGCCCAGCGUCAGCAGUUCUUCGCGAUGUCGCAGCCGGAUUCCAGGAAUGUGGAGGUGAAAGCCCGCAUGGGCAGUGAUGAGAAUUUCAAUCGGUGUGUGGAGAUCGCCAAGAAGCUCUGCUCAUCCGAGGGAGAAGUCAUCAAGCAGCACGAUGUCUUCUUCAACGUCACGAAUGGUCGUCUCAAGCUGCGAUUCCUCGAGAACACUCCAUCGCAGCUGGUAUCUUACUCUCGUCCCGACACGGGGGGAGCAAAGCUAUCCUGCUUUAAGAUUCUGGAACUCACUGAGCCAGAACUGCUGAAGACAAUGUUGGCCGAGAGUAUUGGCAUCAAGGGAGAAGUGAAGAAGAUUCGCACACUGUUCUGGCACAAUCACACCAGAAUUCACCUGGACAAGGUGGAAAAUCUGGGAAAUUUCUUCGAGCUGGAAGUUUGUCUUCGGCCGGAGCACACCAUCGAGGAAGGCACGAAGAUUGCUAAUGAACUGGUGAAAAUUUUCAAGAUUGAGGAGAAAGAUUUGAUAGCUGGAGCUUAUAUGGAUCUAUUGCUGGGAAAAUAA